AGAAGAGAAAAGGAGAAAAGAAGAACUAGUGAAAAAACGAAUUGAGCUCAAACAUGACAAGAAAGCAAGAGCUAUGGCCAAGAGAACAAAGGAUAAUUUCCAUGGUUACAAUGGGAUUCCUAUUGAGGAAAAGUCAAAGAAGAGGCAGGCAGUGGAAAGCCACACCAGCCAGGCAGUACAACAAGAGUAUGAGAUGGAAGAGGAGGAUGAAUUUUUAGAAUACAAUCAAGCAGAGUCAGAACAGGAGUAUGAAGAAGAGCAAGUACCUCCCAAAGUUGAAAGCAAACCAAAGGUCCCCCUUAAAAGUGCCCCACCACCUAUGAACUUCACUGAUUUACUGAGGCUGGCUGAGAAAAAGCAGUUUGAACCAGUGGAGAUCAAGGUAGUGAAGAAAUCAGAAGAGCGGCCUAUGACUGCGGAAGAACUUAGGGAGCGAGAAUUCCUGGAACGAAAGCAUAGGAAAAAGAAACUUGAGACAGAUGCAAAACUACCUCCAACUGUGUCCAAAAAGGCACCCUCUCAGAAAGAAAGUGUGGGCACAAAACUUAGCAAAGGUUCUGGGGACAGGCGUCUUUCUUCUAAAGGAAUGCCCUUUCCUCAUAGUGAGAAGAAAUCCAAACCCAGCACAGCCCAUGAGAAACACUUAUCAKUGUCUUCAUCCAAAUCCAUGCCAGGAGAGAGGACCAAGGCAGGAUCUGGCUGUAGUUCCCAACCCUCACUUCGUGAGGGUCAUGACAGACCUGUUUUCAAUGGGGCUGGAAAGCCCCACUCUAGCACCUAUUCACCAAGUGUCCCAAAGACUUCUGCCAGUGGGACUCAGAAAUCUGCUACUGAGCACAAAGCCAAAAAAUUUCCCCCUUUUCAUCCUARCCAUUCCAAGCCUGGGCCCACAGUCACCCUACACAAUAAGGCUAAGAGUCCAGGUACCAGGCAGCCAGGCAGCAACUCCAACUCAGCCCCUGGGAGACCCAGCCCAGGGACUGCUCGGUCCAUACUUAGUUCUGGCCCUGUGCCUAGACGCCAGAAUGGCAGCUCCAGCUCAGGACCUGAGCGCUCGGCCAGUGGGACCAAGAAGCUAGUCAGUGACUCAAAUCCUUCUGGGCGGACAGUCACUGGUACAAAUGGCCCUGGACGACCUGCAACCAUUUCAAGUGGCCCUGGGCGACCCAUCAAUGUCUCAGGUAGUUCUGGGAGACUUGUAGGCAGUUCUGGAGGCCCUGGGCGGCCUACAAGCAGUCCACAUGACCUUCGACAACCGGUGACUAGCUCAGGACCCCCGGGCGGUCGGUCAGUGGGCUUGGACGAUCCAUAAGUGGCUCGGUUCCAGCUGGACGUACUAUCAGUAGUUCAGGCCCUGGAAGACCAGUAAGYRGCUUAGGACCUGGGCGAACAGUUAGUAGCCCAGGUCCCCCUUUAAAGCCCAAGUGUACUGUUGUGUCAGAAACAAUAUCUUCCAAGAAUAUUAUUAGCCGAACCAGCAAUGGACAGAUAAAUGGAAUGAAACCUGCUCUCUCUGGCUACAGAUCUGCC